AUGUUGUGGACUCCUAUCGUAUUCAUAGUGUCAGUAUUACUUAGCUCAACAUGGGCAGGUAGCACUUCUUCAAAGUCCGCCGCCAGCACUACCGCGAGCGGGCCGGCUGCAACGCACACAUGCUUGGUUGGUGCGGAUGGAUUCAAUUUCAGUCCUAACCAAAUGUACGCGAAAGUUGGAGAUAUCAUCGAAUAUCGGUUCUAUCCUUUAAACCACUCAGUGGCAAGAGCAGGUUUUGGAAAUAAUCUAGCAUGUCUGCCCUACGAAGACAGCGGGCAGGGUUUGGUGGGCUUCUGGAGUGACUUUCAACCUGUCGCUGUUGUUCUAUCAAAUCCUCCGAUAUUUCGAUUGCUAAUUAAUGAUACUGAACCCGUAUUCUUCUAUUGCUCUGCUCCUGGAGCUUGCCAGCAGGGCAUGGUAGGAGUCAUUAACCCUAACUCGAGCUUCACCUAUCAAGACCAGCUCGCAUAUGCCUUGAACACAUCCAUUUCCUUCAGUCCCCUCCAAUACUUCCCUCCCGAAGUAGCAAUAACACGAAGUACCACCGCCACAGGCGCAACCAUGACGCCUACGCCCGUACGCACAAACUCACCUCCCACUGCUCCCACCUCCAAAUCCUCUCUCUCCACCGGCGCCAUCGUGGGGAUUGUUAUAGCAGGAAUCAUCGUCGUGCUCUUAGCCGCAGCCCUGCUCUACACAUGCGGUCGACAAAAGACCCUAGGCGAGAUCCUUCGACGCUCGCACACCCCCGCACCGAAUACAUACCAGCCCACCACUCCCGGCAUCUCCGAGGUCACCUAUCCGAAUAUCCAGAAACAGCGCUUGGCUUCUGAUAUCAUGAGCGGGCAAGCCGGUACCAGAAAUGUUGCUUACGCACAGGGUACUGAAGUGGAUAGUUAUCGUAGUGGCAACCCUCUGGGCAAUGAGAGGAUCAUGACGCACAAUGUCAUGAAUCAAGGAGGGUUCAUGAAUGGACACUCGACUCCAAACAGUCCGGACCAGGCGGCUCCGAGCCCGCUGUAUACUCCUCCGCAACAGGAGAUGGUCCAUGGAGGGGGGUUGAGACCCUAUAAUCCGUACCCACUGGCUGAGGAAUCAGGCCCGCACGAGCUGCCAGCUAACUCCAUAAACCCUCGUGAUCUCAGACCAUCGAUUCCGUACUCCCCAAAACCAUUCUCCUUUGCAGAAAGCGAGAGCGGGUAUCGCAGGGACGAGAAGAUUGAUAACGCGUUUUGAUUAAGAAAUGGCUAGGGAUGCAGAAGAACGAGAAGGCCUGCUUCGAGAUAUCAUAGGGAUAUUCCAAACUCUUCGGGAGAUUUAUCGAGUCCCAAGGCGCUACUGCUCUUUAUUUUUCAUACAAGAGAGCCAUCUCGCCCAC